CGCCUCCGUUAUCAGUCAUUUCCUCUCCUCACGCCAUCACGCCAAGCCUCUCCCAGAUUCCGCCACGAAUUUCCGCUCGCUUAGCUCAACCACACUGGUUGAGAUUUGGAGACCAAGCCUUUAGUCUCUUGUCACUCCCACUACACGAACGCCGACUAUCACCGAUAUCAUGAUGAAUGCAUGUAAGCCCUUGGCCUUUCCUUGGGACUGGUGGAGCUUCUACGUUCCGUUAUCAUGGCUUCCAUCCGUCUUUGCCGUCUGGGGAUAUAUAUGGCGGGGUAAUUCCUCCUUGGGAUUUUGAGAAACAUCAACCUAUUCUUUGUGCAAAACAAAGCCAUUCCCUACGAUUCCCUUGACUAGGAAUCGAACCACUCGAUAGAUAUUAUUGUAUUAGUCAAAAUAUACACGUGUCAAACAAACGCAGUCAAGAUGGCACCCAAGCAACAACCACACCAGACUACAAAUGUCCAUCCCUUUCUGUUGACAGUCCCUGAUAUAGCCCAACAAUUAGGCACGAACCUUGAGACUGGGUUGAGUAAGAGGCAAGUGACAGAUCUGCAAAGGGACUGUCCUCCAAAUGAGUUGGAAGGAGGUGGUGGCAUUGCUUGGUACAAGAUUCUGAUCAAGCAGAUGAGCAAUGCCAUGAUUUUGGUACUUGUCUUUGCGAUGGCUUUAAGUUACGGUGUAGGCGAUUACAUCGAGGGGGGAGUCCUCACAGCUGUCAUCGUCCUCAAUGUUUCCAUUGGCUUCUUCCAAGAGUAUAAAGCAGAAAAGAAGAUGGAUUCAUUGCGAGCACUGUCAUCACCAAGUGCUGCUGUUCUACGGGAUGGGCGAAUUGACGUCAUCCCAAGUGCGCAAGUUGUUCCAGGAGACAUCGUGAUUCUGAAGACGGGCGACACAGUUCCAGCGGACCUACGAAUCUUUGAAGCCAUGAACCUCAACUGCGAUGAGAAAUCAUUAACAGGCGAGGCAGAACCCGUCGAGAAACGUAUCGAAAACGACAUCAUUGUGCCUGGAUCUCGAGACAAAUUGGCAACAGAGGAAGGACAAGUCGGCAUUGGCGAUAGGUUCAACAUGGUGUACUCUACCACGACUGUCACCAAAGGACGUGGUCGAGGAAUUGUUACAUUUACUGGUAUGCAAACAGAAGUUGGCAAGAUCGCAUCAUCGACCACGAAGAAGAAACGCAAACCUGGACGUUCCAUGAACUACAAGAAAUACGGCAAAACGCAACCUGUAAAGGGUCUCACUCGACGAAUCUACGACUUCGUUGGCAAGUUUCUCGGCCUAACUGAAGGUACCCCUCUUCAACGAAAGCUGUCCAAAGUCGCAUACAUUCUGUUUGGCUGCGCAAUACUGCUUGCUAUUGUCGUCUUUGGUGUCAAUAAAUUCAACGUCACGGACGAAGUUGCGAUCUACGCCAUCUCUACCGGAAUUGCUAUCAUCCCAGAAUCUCUCAUUGCCGUCUUGACGAUUACCAUGGUUGUUGGCAUGACAGUCAUGCGACGAGCAAACGUGGUCAUCCGUGAUCUUUCGGCCCUCGAAGCCCUUGGUGGUGUGACCAAUAUCUGCUCUGACAAGACUGGAACACUUACACAGGGUGCUAUGAUCGUCAAGAAAGUUUGGCUGCCAAGAACUGGUGUGUAUACCGUGAACAAUUCGACAGAUCCAUGCGAUCCAACACAAGGAAAUGUCACUCUAGGGCCUGAGGCGCCUCGAAGAUCUUCAAUUCAAUCAUCAGAAUCAUCGUCCGAUCCAGAGAAAACCGAUUACGACCAAGAACGAAGUACGGCCGCUUUGAAAUUCGACAUACCUCCUGCGAAGGCUGCGAAAGACCAGGCAGGUUGGACUCAAACACCAGACGAAGUCGCAAAGUUGACUCCACAACUUGAAGAAUUCCUUCGAGGUAUCGCUCUAUGUAAUUUAGCCACCGUCUCACAUGAGAAAAUCGAGAGCGAAAAUUGCGAGUCCUGGCGAGCCACAGGAGAACCCACUGAAAUUGCUCUUCAAGUCUUCGCUCACCGAUUCAACCACGGCAAAAAGCAACUUGAAUCUCAGGGUUGGAGACAAGUUGCAGAGUUCCCCUUUGAUAGCAACAUCAAACGCAUGUCUGUUGUCUACACAGAUGACGACCUACUAACACUUGUUUACACCAAAGGUGCUGUUGAGCGGGUCCUUGAUCUUUGCACGACCGUCCGAUGGAACCACAAGGAGGAACCUCUUACUGAAGGUUUCAGAAAGCACGUACUCAACCAAAUGAACGAUCUCGCUGAACAGGGCCAACGAGUUCUUGCUGUUGCUUCCGGAACCAUUUACGGAAAAUAUCCAGCUCGAUACAGCGACGAGGUCAUGAGGCCGAAGAUUGAACGAGGACUAUCUCUGAUUGGACUUGUUGGAAUCUAUGAUCCUCCCCGUGAGGAAACUAAAGAAGCAAUCCGAGAAUGUUCUCAAGCAGACAUCAAAGUCCACAUGCUUACCGGGGAUCAUCCAGCUACAGCAACCGCAAUCGCAAAAGAGAUUGGAAUUGUUCCACGCAAUCUUGGCAUCCUACCAAAGGACGUAUCUGAUGCAAUCAUCCAAAAAGCUACUGACUUUGACGCUAUGACAGACACUCAGAUCGAUGCUCUUCCCGAGCUGCCUCUCGUCAUAGCUCGUUGCGCCCCCAAUACAAAGACUAGAAUGAUCGAAGCGCUCCGCCGUCGCGGUCUCUUCAUGGCCAUGACCGGAGAUGGAGUUAAUGACGCCCCCAGCCUUUCGUCAGCGGAUGUUGGUAUCGCUAUGGGAAUGACAGGUAGUGAUGUGGCCAAGGGGGCAGCAAAGAUUGUUCUCACGGACGACAAAUUUAACAGUAUCGUCUCUGCCAUCAGAGAAGGACGACGCAUGUUCGACAAUAUCCAAAAAUUUGUCAUGCAUCUCCUCACAUCCAACGUUGGAGAAGUGAUUCUCUUGAUUGCUGGUUUGGGCUUCCAGGACAGGUCUUCGCAAUCUGUGUUCCCUUUGUCGCCGUUACAAAUUCUCUGGAUCAAUAUGCUUACCUCCUCGUUCCCGGCGUUCGGUCUCGGAAGAGAGAAAGCAAGUUCGGAUAUCAUGCGUCGCCCACCACACAGCAUGAAAUUCGGAGUCUUUACCCCUCAGAUAAUGGUCGACAUGCUCGUCUAUGGUAUUUUGAUGGGAACUUGCACUCUCCUCACUUUCGUAAUUAUCAUCUAUGGUGUUUAUGACGGCCGUCUUGGCCGUGAUUGCAACAGGACUUACAACACGGAUAAUUACCAGGAUACGUGCGAGCCUGUCUUCAGGGCUAGAGCCGCAGUUUUUGCGGAGCUGACAUGGUUGAUUUUGGUCAGUGCUUGGGAAUUCAAGAGCAUCAGACGAAGCAUGUUCCGCUUGAAUCCUGAAUCAGAGAGCAGAUUUCCGUUCUUCAAAGACAUUUUCGAAAACAGAUUCUUAUUCUGGGCUGUUGUCAUUGGAGCCCUGUCUGUCUUCCCAGCAGUAUAUAUUCCGGGCCUCAACACCAAAGUCUUCAAGCACGUCGGAAUAUCAUGGGAAUGGGCUCUCUCAGCUGGAGCGGUGCUAGUUUUUGUUCUUGGGAUCGAGGCUUGGAAAGCUUGCAAGAGAUAUUUCAAGUUGUUUGAGAUUGUAGGAGUUGGCGAGGAAGAGAAGAGAGGUAGGGGAUUGGGAUUGAAACAAGGGUUCUUUACGAUGGCCAAGAGUAGGACAAAUUCGAUCAGGAGUUUGAGUCGUAGGCGGACUGGUGGGAGCGAGAUGAGUGCUACUGAAAAGCUAGCGGACUUGUCAAUGGUGAGCGCGGCUCCUACAACGAGGAGUUUGCUAAGGAGUGAUGAGGUGAGGUUGGGUGGGACGAUACCAGAAAGGACUUGAUUGGAUUUGACACUGGGAGGCGUUUUGGAGUAUAGAAUUUAUAGAAUAGAAACUGAAUAGAACGUUCUAACUCUGGU